GAUUUUUUAUCUGAAAAAUCAUUAUAAGUUAGUAACUUCCCUGAUAGUAUGAUCUGAUAAAUUCUUUGUUUUUCAUGUGAAGAAUGUCAGAUAUGGUGACAGAUUAUAAUUAGCAAUAGUUAUUCAUUGUCAUAGGGAUUGAUUAAGGCUUAAAAUUAAACAACAAUAUGCUUGUACCUUUGAAAAUAUACAUAUAACUAUAUAUGAAAUCCCCGAGAUACACGGUUAAUGAGGGCCGAGAACGGCCGCAAAAGACAGCGUUCCUCCAAUUUCCGCGUAAGUCGAAUCUCGUAAUUUCCAGCCAAAAUAUCACUAAUUUUCGUGUAAUUUUACUAGUAGGGACUGGUUUCAUUCACAUUCACUAACUACUUGAUAUGAUUCUGACUGAAUAUAAUAGUUUUAAACCGUUGGAAAUUGUUUAAAUGGACAAUUUACAAUUGAUGUGUCAAAUCAGUACAAUUUGCGCAAAGAACUGUCAAAUUUAGAAAACCGCGUAUUUCCGAAUCCGCGUAUAAGAGGUACCGUGUAUCUCGGGGACUACCUGUAAAACCAAUUUAUAUGAUUCAUUCAUUAUACCAAACUAGCAUAUUGAAACCCCUGUUAUCGAAGCUUAACGCCAAGAUAGUUAUUCAACAACUAAUACUAAACUCACUUCCUUUGAGUGAAGAAACCACAUUCUAGGAUGCGUUUGGCGCGUGGUUGCGUGGCUUUGCAUACUUUGCGCAUUUAAUAAUCGAGUGAUUUGUUUUUCCUUUCACCUCCGCACUACGCAGCACUUUCCAAUCGAUCGAUUGAAACUCGCCUCGUAUGUCUGCCUCAUGGAGAACUGGAAAUGAGCACGGAUCUGAUGCUCCAGUAUUGUGCGCCCCUUUGCUACGCCUCGCGUACGUAGCCGUCUUGAUAGCUAUGCUACGUACGUAACAUUAAUGGCUACCCUGCAGCUACCACAAUCCCAGGUAGCGCCUCUGCGGACGAUGGUCCGAUGCUCCGGUUUGUAAUUGUGCAGAUUAACGUUACGACACGCUUGCACUUUACUCGCCCAUUCCGCCGCUAAAUAGCGUCACCUACAUAAAUUCAUCGCCCGCGAAAUGGGUUAGGGGCUGGGAAGUUUAUUGCAUAAAGCGAUACUACCUACUUUCGGUUUUGACUAUUCACUUGCAAUUGUUAUGUCUGCUAAACGAUUCUUUUGUUGCUGUUCCUGUCAAGGGCGUUCGGCAAGAAUCGAUCAAAACUGUCUCAAUUAAUCGGGGAAUUAAAUCACCUCCAUAGUGAAUACUCGAGACUAGGUUGUGGGCUCUAGUAUUGUUUAGCAAAUUAUUUGAGGAAUACUGAAAGCACUUGAAAUAAAAUUAACACCGCGACGUGUCUGUCUGGAUUGUUUGCUCUUCUAUGAAAUAUUAUACCGUUGAGUAGUACAUACGGGAGUACUUCUUGACGCCCAACCAUCAGAAGCCUGUGUUGCCAUUCUCCCACGACCCCACAACCCUAAUAUGGGACAUAUCUAUCUUCGUACGAAUAACAAACAGUGGGCCUGCAGGUGCACUAUUCACGUUGCGCUUGUGAAGGUGGUGCAGUGUGGAUGCGAUUUUCCUUUCGAUACGGUUUGUAAGCCAAACAAUAAACACAACCCCCCCUUCUUCCACCCUCCCUGUGGAUGUAGAUAAUAUUUCAUGCAACAUGAUUUUCGGUGUGCAAGACAAUUAUUUGCUCAAGGGUGUAAAAUGCAAUUAUUUUUAUUUGCUUGUUUACGCCGUCAAAAGGCCGGGUCGUUGACUAGGGAAACGUUGAUCAGCGCGGUGCGAUAUGCAGCCUUUAUUCAGUGUCUUCUCUACUAAUUUAUGCGAACCUUCUAGUACCUUUUCGUAAAACAUCCAAGCGCUGUAUGGGUGUGUGGGCUUUAGUCAAGACAUUGCCGGCGGAUAAUAGGCAGAGGAUCAAUUAGCUACCUUCGUUCCUUCGAAUGGUGCGUUGAUACCUUGAGCGAUAAAACGUAAAGCUAUGUUCAAACAAGGAACAGCAUUAACGCAUCGGAAACAAACCAACAUCAAACCGUCCAAAACGUCCACCCCAUACGUGGGUAGCCUCUUAGCCUGCAUCAAACGCAUCAACCCAGUCAGGAUCAGCGAGCAUGAAAAUGAAAGUCAUUCUCAACAUCUCGUCCCACGUGUCUGGCUAAACCAACCUCUGAUCAAGUGCACCUCUCUAAAAGCGCAUUGAAACUGAGUGAAGUUCAAGUUGAAAUGAUCCCCUUGCGCACGGAAAGCCAUGCUCGCCAGACAGCAAGCUGCAAGAUGUGCAUCGAUAUAACCGGUUCCGGUUACGUGCCAGCUUCUUCAAAUGUGCGCAAACAGAAUUAGCAGCCCCCGAUGUGGCAACCCGCAGUGACCGGUCGGAGCACAACCGAAGGAAAUACAGCUUUUUCCUUUGCUCAAUGUCGGGUGGAUUUUGCCUAAUCACGUGAUGAUUCAAACAUGAUACAGCUGCUCAGCUUCAGAAGAGGUUACCUUCGCGAAACAGCGGAUGUACUUUAACAAUCCCUCUUAGGAUCGCACACCUCCAUGAUCAUCCAUACGCUCAGGAUUGAAGGAUUGGCAGAAGAUUCUCGGCUAUACUUUCCCUUCCGGAUUGGAUCCGGUCUGCGUCGGUCUUCCCAAAAUGCUCUCCACAAAUGGAAGGCGCGAUGGAAGCGAUAAGAAUGGGAACAUCACUGUACGAAACAGCCCAAACUAAUGAGUGCGUUGCUGUUGCCAAGCAUCGGCUUAGAUUGGAGUUUUGUUUUUACUUCAAGUACCGCGCUAAUGGGACGUCAAAAUAAGAUGCUACAGAUGGUUCAAGGACAUUUUCGGCGUGACUGAAGUGGUUCACGGUCGGCCGCUCGCUCUGAAUCUCGAAUCGUUCACCAAACACCGUGCUCCCUGUAGCGGUGUGCGCUCGCUCUCCCUUGAAUGGAUGAGCCAGCCUGCCGACACAGCAACCGAUCGUCGCCAGCCUCUAACGCAGCAGCACGUCGCACGAUCACGUCGGGUGAUCGGUGAGCGGGCGCUGACUCUGGAUCCUUCCUUCCAUCAAUGACAAACGGGGCAGCAGGCGGAUGGCUGCUACUAGCCAUCUGGUGUCGACGAUGGUGAGAUGACCUGCGGCAGACGAGCGCCAGUUCCUUCGUCAGUUUCGAUCCGUCCAAUUGCUUGAAUCGUAAAUAAUCCGACCAUUCAUUAUGACAAGGUCUCUCGGUAACGUUCAGCGGAGUUUGUUCAAUGUUUGCACAUACACUUUGCCUCCCUCGUGGGGUUCCCCCUCGCGGGUCGAGGGUUUGCUGGUUUGGUGGACACUAGAAUUUGGUAAAGUUUUGGGCAUACACUUUUGCUUUUAUCAUCUUGCCAUUCACUCGCUUCCAUUUGUCCUUCCGGGAUGGCCGUGAUACGCUGCGAGAAUGCACAAUGACCAGCUGCAAUGUUAUCGAGCUGUUUUAUCCGCGCUAUAAAACAUCUUUUAUUUGGGCGACGAGCACACUUUUUGGCAAUAUCAAUAAAAGCAAUACUUUCCAACAAAAGUCCUUUUCUGCUGAACAAUAGAACUUGACUGCAUAACAAAACUGCCAACCAUUUUUGUAUUAAAUUUCUUAAUCUAAUUUUCUAAUUGAAAGCAAUUUGUAGACUCAAGUCAGAAAGAAAUUUUCAAGAUAUCCUGUCAAUUGCAUGUCGCUAUGCAUUAGAACCAGCUGAUGUUAUCGCCUGGAUGGUCUAUUUCGCACUGCUGUCUCCUAACCGGCGAACCAUCAAUCGAUUCGAAUAAAGAUAACGUUUCAUAGCUGUCGAUGUUUAUCCGACCGUCAUGUUGUGUUGUUUGCUUGUCCCGUUCAGGUAAUAAAGCAAAAUUCAAACACAACUUUAUGUGCAUCAACCACGGCGACACACCUAUGCCGUUAUGGUCCUGUCAGCGAAUGUCCUUUCGAAGCGAUAGGAUCGACCGCCGCAGUUUAUUACAAGCGUUUCCACAAAUGACUAACGGAUGACGUUACACCCGGUGGAAUACGCAUUAGGGAUAGCCUCACCCAUGUCGAUUGAGGCAAAAACGUGACGGAAAUAUGAAAUGUGUCUGUGUACCGUUGGAAAAACGAAACAGAAACUAAUCCCAUGUUACUCGGUGACUAAAUUGGCCACACGGGUUGAGUUGUUGUCUGUGGUAUCAGUGUUCUAUUUGCUUUGGAGCAAACACACAUACACACAAAUAUACGGGGAAGCGAUAUUUAACGAUGCAAAUGAUAUUCUUGUUGAGGCUGUUCGUCACUUUGGACACUUUGCUCAUCACGACAGUUUUCACGACACGCUGGGAAACGUUCAUACAUGCUGGGGAAGCUAUCGAAGCGGGUCAUUAAACUAAACGAGCUCAAACUAGAGUCUCGUGCGAUGCAAUCAGCAGUUUAGUUUAGCAUCCGAUCCCAGCCGAGCUACACCUUGACCUCCUGCCGGAAUGCGGAAGUGUUUGCGAACUUUUCUCAACCCAAAGGACUUUUAUGCCGCCCAACGGCCCGUGCUGCGUGUUUCAUUUCUUGUCGGCAUGACGCCGUUCACUGUUGUGAAGGGACCGACCGAGUUGAUGAUGCUGCGCUGCACUCCCUUCGGCUACAUCAACUCGAGCGUGCACGUGAUCCUGUUCUGUAGCUGCUACGUGAACGCACUGCUGCAAGGAGACACGAUAACGCGGUUCUUCUUCCGCACCGACAUCAGCACGUUGGGCGAUGUGCUACAGUUCACCAUCGGUAUUACGGCGCUCUUCAUGACGUUCUUCUGCAGCAUCUUCCAGCGGAACAAGCUGAUCAAAUGCUUCCACGCACUGGCCAGCAUCGAUCGACGCUUCAAGGAGAUAGGCAUGGAGACGAACUACAAGAGUACGCUGCACUACAACCUGUUGGUGAUGCUAACUAAGGCGAUUAUCAGCACGCUCUAUCUAGUCGUGUGCCUGGCUGUGUUUAUUUCCUCCGAUACCUACCCGAGCGUGACCACCUGGAUGGCGUUCCUGCUGCCCUACUUCAUGAUGUCGAUGGUGAUCGUUUUGUUUCUGUGCUUCGUCAACCAAACCAAGCACCGUUUUCACCUGCUGAACAAGGUACUGAAGCAUCUCAAGCAAGCGGCAUUGGAGAAAAGAAUCUCGCCCCAACGGCGACCCAGCUACUGGCACGCGAUCAAAAUCCAACGGCCCCUGGGCAUCGCAUCCGUUUACUCCAACAACGACAAAUCGAUGCCGGAUGUGGUGUCAACGGUAGCCGAAAUCCAGGAUGCAUUGUGCGAAGCGUGCAGCUACGCCGAGGACUACUUCACGAUCCAAAUGCUGACCAUUGUGACGAUCGUGUUUCUUAUUAUCGUGUUCAACUCUUACUACGUGCUGGACGCACUGCUCGGAUCCACCUCCCUUGACUCACCAUUCUCCAAGGGACAGUUUGCGAUGUUUUUCCUCUGCCAGGCCAUGGUGUACGGCUUUGGAGUGUUCAACAUUGUCUACGGCAGUAGCUCGCUGGUGCAAGAGAACGACAACAUCGGAUCGAAUGUGCACAAGCUGCUUAAUGUGGCUGCCGGGGCGGACAGUGAGCUGGCGGGAAAAUUGAUGCACCUUUCCCUACAGAUGCUCCAUCGGAAAGUGCGAUUUUCCGCGUGCGGGCUGUUUAGCUUGGACUUUUCGCUCAUUUUUACGCUGGUGGGUGCAGCAACUACCUAUUUGGUGAUUUUGAUCCAGUACGAGCUGAGCAUGGACGAGAGUAAGCACGAAACCAUUGCAAGAGCUUUCCUUGGCAACGAAACUUGGUAAUACGGAAUGCACUUUCGGAAGUCGAAACUCCCAUUCGUCUGCAUACAUUCGCCAUUUACAGCACACACUACAAAGCGAGAGAUCAAUAAAAGCAUGGAUGCAACAGGCCCUGUUUGUGCUAAUUUACUGACGGUUUAUCGCGAUGCAAAUGACUGCGUUUAAAAAGAUUGCAUAUAUUUACAUUUUAAUUCUAAAGUGGCAUCAGCAGCAUUUUAGUGACAUCGUGACAUCGAGUUGUUCGUACCGAUGUGGAUGUGUAAAACAAACAUUCGUAAACACAUUGUUUCAUAUGAACGAUAAUUUAUGCUAUUGUUCUAGUCAUAAAGGUAGAUUUUUUUACAUUCAAUUGUUAUAUAGUACAAGGAUUAUGAUAAAUGAAAAAAAUGUACAAACUUUUACUUACUUUUGUUGUAUGUUGUUUUGUUAUAGGUUGAAAACUGUUCUUCCUCAUGUGACAUCACAGCACGGAUGGG